UCGCGAGCUGCUUCUUUUCCUCCCUCCCCGUCUCCCACCGCCUGGAAUUGCCUCUCUGGCCGUCGUGGUUUUUUUGGGCUCCUCGCAGAGAUACACGCGCUGCUCGUCGUCCGCUCUCUCGGCAUCCCAGCAUCGUCUCUACACUACUCGACUCAGGCUGCAGUCGAGCCGUGCACGCCCCGUUCCUGUGCCUUGGCCAGGGCCCCCCGUAACAUUGAACAUUAAUUACUGGCACUGCUGUGCGACGACGACCGUCCAGUCUCCUCCUGGGACAUUAUCGUCCGCCGGUCUGCGACCCGCACUGAUCGCUCGAUCUCCACGAACCUGCCGAAUGCCCUGGGCGUCCUCGUCACAGAGCCCCAGCUAUCUCGUCUAGCUCAUCCAGAGAUAAAGAAGCUGCAGUCCCAGACGCAGGCGCCAUGGCGACUCCAGGAGACAAGGAGCGCGGUCUGCCGUCGCCCACUCAGCAGGCCUUCCCGCAGCAGCCAGCAGCGCAGUCCCAGACUCAGACGCAGCAGCAACCGCACCAACAGCACCAGCAGAGGCCGAGCUCGCGAAGAUUUAGUUUUCUCUCCGACAAGUCUCGCAAGAACUCUGCCAGCAACAAGAUCGACCUGCACGAAACGCACGCUGAAAAGGAAACUAGACGCCUCCACAGCAAGGCUGAUCCAACGUUGGCCAUGAACGAAGCGGAGCCCUCUGUCGAAGCCAUGAUGACGGCGUCGUCACGCCCGCCUCUGCGCUCCAUUCAGCACAAGGAUGCGUAUGGAAACGUAAUUGCGGACCCCGAUCUCUCCAACCCUACUCGCAACCGCUGGGAACGACCUCUCGACACUAUCCGAAGCUUCGAGGCGGCAAUUGAAGGCGACUUUGCCCGCAGGUCCAUGCAUCGCUCAGAAACGGACCCUUCAGCAAACUUUAGCCGUAGAAACAGCUAUUAUAGAGCAAACCAACCCCGUUUCCCUCAGGACAGCUACUAUGGCAGCCGCGCCGCCUCCUUUCGAGGAGAGGGCAGCCAGUUUGGGCCACCACCACCCAUGUCGGCGAGGAACAGCUACUUCGACAACCAACAAUACAGCAGCAACGGCGGCUACUAUACGACGAAUGCAGGCCCCAGCGGCGGGCGACGCCCUUCCCGCGAACAGACCUCCCGGAUGGCCAUGGCUUCUGAGCCGCAACUCCGAACGUACGGCCGCGAGCAGGGCGUCUACCCCUUGCCUCACAAGGAUCGCUCCUACGAGACAGUGACAUCGGCAGCCGCCAGUGGAAACUCGGAUCCUGCAGGUUAUCAAACCGACCCUACUAGCAGUGACAACAGCUCGAUUCACCGGACCUCCCCAGCCAAGCAAGUGAACGACUAUGGCAUCGCCUUCAGCCAGUCCCAGUCCUACAAGCCUCCCAUGUUGACGGUCAACCUCACGGCCCCGGCCAGCAAGAUGCCGACGCAGCCGAACGCGAGUUACCAAAAUCCUCAGUCAGCGAUCCCUAGGAAGGAUGCUACGUUGCUUAAGAGACAAGUUUCCACGACGCCGUCUGGGGGCGAGAAGCGAAAGAGCUGGUUUUCCCGCCGGUUUAGUAAAAACUCCUAA